AUGAGGGAACAAGUUAUGUCAAUGAAGAGAGCCAGAAUUAAGACAUCCCAAAUUUGGAAUUACAUGGUAGAAGUUCAUGAUGGUUGGGAAAAUGUGGGAUGUAUCAAAGAUGACUUGUACAAGGGAAUUUGUAAAAAAUAUUCAACUUGGGAUGAUUGUGACACGUCCAUAGCAAUGGGUUAUCUCGAAGCAAAAAAAGGGUCGGACAACAUGUUUUUCUACAAGUAUGAUGUAGAUAAAAAAAAUAGAUUGAAAAAUUUAUUCUGGUCUGACAGGACUUCCCAGGUUGAUUACCAAUUAUUUGGUGAUUGUUUGGCUUUUGAUUCUACUUACAAAACCAAUAGGUACGGAAAGCCAUUAGUAAUAUUACUUGGGUCUAAUAAUCAUGACAAAACGUGUGUGUUUGGAGCUGCACUUCUUGAUAAUGAGACUUCGACCACAUAUGAUUGGCAUGUACACAAUAUAGCAUUCCAUCAAGAAUUGAAGAAAUUUAUUUUCAGGUAUUACAAGGAGGAAGAAUGGGAGGAUAAUUGGAAAGUGACUGUGAAGAAAUAUAGAUUGAUAGGGAAUGCAUGGGUGGAAGCACAAUAUGGCACAAGAAAGCAGUGGGCAGAUACUUUUCUUCGUGGUAUUUAUUUUGGUGGAGCUACUGCUACCGGUAGAUGCGAAUCUAUGAAUGCAUUCUUGAAAAGAGAUUUGCAAAAUAAAAUACCAUUGUGGAUGUUUAUACGACACUUUGACCAUGCUUUAUCUAUGUUACGUUACAAUGAGAUGAAAGAACACUACAAAACUAAUUUGACUGAACCAGUUUUGAACCAGACAACUAUGCCGUGUGUGGAGGAUGAAAUUUCUUCAAUUUUCACAAGGGAAAUUUUUACAAGGAUAAGAAAGGAGAUACGGCGUGGCGAUAAUUAUAUUGUCCUAAAGGAUGAUAAGAUACCAGGUUACACUCUUUGUUUGGUGAAAAAAUAUAUUGGUUCUGGAUUAAAGCGCAAAGUGUUAAUCUCCAACGAUGGGGAUGAUGUGCGAUGUGAUUGCUAUUCUCUUGAGACAAAAGGAAUUCCAUGUAGACAUAUUUUUAUUUCAUUGAAGAAUUUGGAGAGAAGAAGUUUGCCAAUUUGUUUGGUAAAUAGACGUUGGCUAAAAGAUGCUAAAGAAGUUCAACUGUUAACUCAAGGUAAUGAAAGAAAGUGUCCUCAUCCUGAAGUUAUUGAAAAUUCUAGGUACGGUGGUGUAACCACACAAACUACUAUCACGUUGUACCUUGCUACAAGAUCACGAGAAGCAUUUCAAAAGGCUAUGAAAGUUAUAUCAGAGUUGAAUGCAGAAUUGGAAAAAAUGCCACCAGAUGAAGAGUUAAAACAUCCUCAAAAUGAUGAAGGAGUAUUUCCUAAUAAUAUUUUGGACUCUCAGAUUAAAAAAACAAAAGGCAGACCAACUACAGCCAGUUUGUCGAAAUCAUUCUCUGGGGGUGCAAAGAAGAGAAAACCAAAAAAAUCGCUAUUACAUUGCAAGUAUUGUGGUGAGGUUGGACAUGAUUCAAGGAAUUGUUCUAUGCAGCCAAAGUCCACUACAAAGAAAAAUGGUCAUUCGAAGAAUAAGAAGAAAAAAAUCAAUCCAUGA